AUGCGUAAAUUGCACCGAGUACAUGAGCAUGGGAUCACAAAUGCCUCUGUCCUUGAGCGUGCGGGGCUGGACCACAGGAAACAACUCCACAUACGAUCACAGCAACAGCUUCGAUGCCUGCAACAGGAUACAGAGCGUGCCACUUUUCUCAUCGAGACCGAGCUUCAGCAGGCGACAGUCCUACACUCAGAGAUUGAACAGCUUGCACUGCUCGACACAUCGACUUGUUUAACUCCGAUCAACCGGCGCCACAUCACACCGAUGACAUGUCCAGUAUGUGGGGUGACGUUUGAUGGGGCUCCCAGCCUACACAAGCACAUUCAGGCCAAGCACCCGGAUCUCAACAAAGCAGCACGCAUUCACUUCAACCGGGCCGAACAUUCUUUGUUUGGGCUUCCCUUUUGCAGAUUUUGUCGUGUUCGCUGUGGAGAUUGGCAUGCGCUAGAGAAGCACACCACGCAGGGCAUGUGUAUGAGACUCAAACAGGGGUUUGCCGCCAACCUUUCGCUGGCGGAGAUUCUUGAUCAGGUCAGGGCGGAAGAGAAAGCCACUCCACCGACGCCCCCGGCGGAGCACAUCAUACAGACGCAGGCCACCGAACUCUGUCAACAUGUGGUAUUUCAGACUCCACUUCAUGAAGUUCCCAAGCACUUCGCAUACAUCCGAUCGUUCGCUGAUGUCUGUGCACUUUGUGGUCAACGGCUGCAACAGGCAUCCAGAGUGAAAUCACAUUGGCAACGACAACAUGCAAGAGCGUGGGACCUAGCUCAACAGGAUGCGGCAUCGACGGCGAAGAGCAUGCUUGCUGUCUUCAACACGCCAUGUCAGUUUUGUGGGAGCACAGCUAAGAAUACGAAGCAGCACGUGGACAAAUGCUCCGCAUUCUUUCAGGUUGCGGCGAUACGACAUCUCCUGCAUCAAGGCCAUCUUGUGGCGACCCUUACUGCGCAGAAGGCACCUGCCCUCAAGCCACAUGAAACACAGCCGGCCUACAAAAGCUUUGCACUGCGCAACACACCGCUGGGGAAGGCCUUCCAUGGGAAGCUGGUGGUGGGCUCAGGCGUGCAGACACCUGGAGAUGCCAAGGAGAUGAACCCAGUAAGCACGUUGACUACGGCACAUGGUCAUGUCGGUGGCCAGGUCCCAGCAUUCAUCGUGGACACUAUCGUGCUAUGCUUCGAGUCGGUGGCUCAUGGGCCUAUCAGGACGACGGUGUGGUUGCUAGGGCUCAAGAGUGACCUUGUGCUUAGUGACACUACGCUGGUUGCUCAUUGUACAGUCAUGACCGGCGCAGAGAUGGAAACGGAGACCGAGGAGAUGCAUUUCUUUACUAAGUACUGGCCAACGGCCGCGGGCGCUCCACCGAACGCAGCUCUACAGGCAGAUCCUGAGGAGGAGCCGCCACAGAAGUGGCCCAAGUUGCAGGACAAAGGGGAUGGCAAGAACAAGGACACCAGAAGCAAGGGACGCAAUCAGUGGGGGGGAAAGCGACAACAUCCUCCCAAGCAUCAACAGCCCUCGAGCUGGGGCUGGCAAGGGAAUGACCGGGCAAAUGGCGAAGUGUCGUACGAACUCAUGAUGCAGGUUCAGCGCCUGUUGUUACGACAUGAGGAUUGCCUCAGCCUGAUCCGUGCUGAGUAUGGCUUCGUCAUGUUCUUUCGCAUUGAUGUUCCUUGCUCUGUCAUUCGACCCUUGUUUGAAGCGCAGAAACUCUGGCGGCAAACAAAAGAGACUUCCCCAGAGCAGCUCACGAAGCCGAUGCGCACAACAUUGAUGGCAUGCCUCAUCAAGGAGCUCACGCAACGAAUCACCCAGUUUCAGGAGCCGGGGCAGGUGGGUACAGAUCGUGACGGACUGCCUCAUGCGAAGGUGCUUGCUACGCUAGCGGCCAUGGACGCCCUGAUCUCCAUACCGGACACUUUGCAGAGAUUCCACCCGACACGACCGUUGACGGCUGAGAUGUCGGGCACGGUGUUGCCUUUUUGCCUGAUGACGGGAAUGCGCACUAAAGAAGCUGACACAUUGAACAGCUACAUGCGCGAGCUCAGCAACAACGCAUGCACGCAGCUUCUUGCUAUGAACAUGCGACCGGAGCGUCCACAACGUAGUGCUUUGGCUCAGCUGAUUGCGCGUCAGCUUUGA